GAAAAAAUAAACAAACGAGAGAUCCAGGAGAAAAGUGGGGGAAAAGCUCCUCCACUACCCUUGCUUUCAUUUCUGCUUUACCUUUACGAAGGGGCUUACUUUUCGUAUUAGAAAGUGAGGCGUAAAGCGCGGCUAGUGAAAGUGGUCCUUGUCCCGCGCUGAACACUACAGGUGGACAAAAAGGGGCUGCCUGCCAAAUACUUCUGGUUGGAGGGAGGGGUGGGAGUGCUCUCUCAAAACCACUCCUGGAAUGGCUUAACUCGCCCAGCACGAAUCAAUGACAACCUCCCGCCGGCUGCGGCAGGCUCCCCUGAGCUGCGCUGCCGCGUGGAUUCCCAGCCCGGGACCCUGGCGGCGCUCAGGACACGACCCGGGCACGAGCGGCGUCCCCGGGGCGGCCAGGGCUCUGGCUGAGAACAUGGCCAAUGGCAUUGACGAGCUGAUCGGCAUUCCCUUCCCCAACCACAGCAGCGAGGUCCUGUGCAGCCUGAACGAGCAGCGGCAUGACGGGCUGCUCUGCGACGUGCUCCUGGUGGUGCAAGAGCAGGAGUACCGCACCCACCGUUCCGUCCUGGCCGCCUGCAGCAAGUACUUCAAGAAGCUCUUCACAGCCGGCACCUUAGCCAGCCAGCCCUACGUCUACGAGAUCGACUUCGUCCAGCCCGAGGCGCUGGCCGCCAUCCUGGAGUUCGCCUACACCUCCACGCUCACCAUCACGGCCUCCAACGUCAAGCACAUCCUCAACGCCGCCAGGAUGCUGGAGAUCCAGUGCAUCGUGAACGUGUGCCUGGAGAUCAUGGAGCCCGGGGGGGACGGGGAGGAGGAGGAUGACAAAGAGGACGACGACGAUGACGAAGAUGACGACGAUGAGGAGGACGAAGAGGAGGAGGAGGAGGAAGAGGAGGAGGAGGAUGACGACACGGAGGACUUUGCUGAUCAAGACAACUUGCCUGACCCCCAGGACGUCAGCUGCCACCAAAGCCCUUCCAGGAUGGACCACCUCUCGGAGGCCUGUUCAGACGCUCCCAGGGACUUCCCCGAUUCCUUCCGGGCCAGCAGCCCUGGCCACCUGGGCGUGAUCCGGGACUUCUCCAUUGAAUCUCUGCUGAGGGAGAACCUGUACCCCAAAGCCAACAUCCCCGACAGGAGACCCUCCUUAUCUCCGUUCGCCCCGGACUUCUUUCCACACCUCUGGUCGGGGGACUUCGGUGCCUUCGCCCAGCUGCCCGAGCAGCCCAUGGACAGCGGGCCCCUAGACCUGGUCAUCAAGAACCGCAAGAUCAAGGAGGAGGAGAGGGGGGAGCUGCCCCCACCUCCGCCGCCGCCCUUCCCCAGCGACUUCUUCAAGGCCAUGUUCCCGGACCUUCCCGGGGGGCCGCUGGGCCCCAUCAAGGCAGAGAAUGACUACGGUGCCUAUCUCAACUUCCUGAGCGCCACCCACCUAGGGGGGCUCUUCCCGCCCUGGCCGCUGGUGGAGGAGCGCAAGCUGAAGCCCAAGGCCUCUCAGCAGUGCCCCAUCUGCCACAAAGUCAUCAUGGGGGCCGGGAAGCUGCCACGGCACAUGAGGACCCACACCGGGGAGAAGCCAUACAUGUGCAACAUCUGCGAGGUCCGCUUCACCAGGCAGGACAAGCUGAAGAUCCACAUGAGGAAGCACACGGGGGAGCGGCCCUACCUGUGCAUCCACUGCAACGCCAAGUUCGUGCACAACUACGACCUCAAGAACCACAUGCGCAUCCACACGGGCGUGCGGCCCUACCAGUGCGAGUUCUGCUACAAGAGCUUCACGCGCUCCGACCACCUGCACCGUCACAUCAAGCGCCAGAGCUGCCGCAUGGCCCGGCCCCGGCGCGGCCGCAAGCCCGCCGCCUGGAGGGCCGCCAGCCUGCUCUUUGGGCCCGGCGGCCCGGCCCCGGAGAAGGCGGCCUUCGUGAUGCCCCCCGCGCUGGGAGACGUGGGUGGCCACCUGGGCGGGGCCGCCGUGUGCCUCCCGGGCCCCAGCCCCGCCAAGCACUUCCUGGCGGCGCCCAAGGGCGCGCUGAGCCUGCAGGAGCUGGAGCGGCAGUUCGAGGAGACGCAGGUGAAGCUGUUCGGGCGCGCGCAGCUCGAGGCCGAGCGGAACGCGGGGGGCCUCUUGGCCUUCGCGCUGGCCGAGAACGUGGCCGCCGCGCGUCCCUACUUCCCGCUGCCCGACCCGUGGGCCGCGGGCCUGGCCGGCCUCCCCGGGCUCGCCGGCCUCAACCACGUGGCCUCCAUGUCUGAAGCCAACAACUAGGCUGAGCCUCAUCACCCCCAGUCCUGCUUCCCUGCCCCCUCCCAGGCCCACCUGCCCCAUCCAAUGGGUCUGAACUUUUCAUUUCAAAAGAAAAAAGGAAAACAAAUAGCAGCCGCAGGGGUAUUUUCUGGGCCUCCUGAGGCAGCUGCCUCCCCUUUGCUGGGGUCUGAGAUGGGCAUCUCCUCCCAAAAGGCCUGGCCUCUCUGGCUGUCUCUCUGCUCUCACACAGAAACUCACAGGGGCCCAUGCCAAAGAGGAGGCCCCAGGCCAGGUGUCCAGAAGCACUUUGGAGCUGUGUGGGGCUAGACGGAGGGAGGUGGCUUGGCCAGAGGCAGACCGGAUGGAGCAGGGCUGAAGGUAGGGUCCUGAGAUACACAUCCUGAGCCCCGCCAGUCUAAGGCAGAGUCCCUGCUGACACUGUUCCGAUGGGUCAUUUUUCCCAUCUCCAGUGGCCCUGGGAUCCUUAGGGGAAGUGACCUAUAGGCAGGGAGAGGGUCUCCUGGGGUCCGGGCCCAUUUUUCCCUCCCUGUCCUGUGACCGCGGACAGGUCAGCCGUCUGUACCCCAGUUUCACCCUGCUGUGAAAGGGGGCUGGAAAUUUUGUUUCCCCCUCCCAUCCACCCACCGACACACUCGAACAUGCCCAUCCCUCCAGAGAGAAGCCUUGAGAGAGCAGGGGCUUUGCAGUCUUAACGUCCCUGGUGACACUGUUUCACUGGACUUAGUUUUAUCACGUCCACCUCUACGUUGGCACAGGUGAGAAAUGUGGCCAAACUAGACAGGCUAACAGAGGAAGAGGGCUGGGGUGGGCUUGUCCACAGCCCCCAGGCAGCUUUGGGGAACUCUAAAUCCUACCCUCCCCUCUGGGCAGGCCACUGUGCGCAUCCGGGGGCUACCAUCUCGCAUUGUCCCCACCUCUGCGUCGUCCCUCCAAUGCCAUAAGGAGUCUUUCAGGACUCCGAGGGCCAACACGGAAGGAAUGGGGUCCUCCUCUUAACACCUGGCAGCUGCCCCUCUCCACCUGAUUCCCGGAAGCAGACAAAAUGCCCAGUUACCCAGAUGUAUGUUUGCUUUCCAGUUGGGGGCUUCUCAGGACUUUGGCAUCGCUGUGUUUGAACACCCUCAACCCCUCCGUGGUCCCCCAGGGAGGAAGCCAGCUGUCCAGUGUGGGAAGUCAGAGGCUUGGCUCCAAAAUGGGCUUGGAGGGUUCUGUGAGUGACGGCUGUCCACGCAUUCUGCCUGGCUCUCUGGUUUGUAGCCGGUCCUGAGAAGGAAGACAGCUCUGCUGGCCCAGUGCCUUCCAGAUCUUCUCUCCCCUUUCCUGUCCUUCCCUCCCUUUUC